AUGGCCAAAGACACAAUGCGCGCCGUCAUCUUCAAAGGGCCAGGCAAGGUCGUCCUAGAAGACCGGCCGAUACCCAAGAUCCAGGAUCCCACAGACAUCAUCGUCAAGGUCAAGAACACAGCGUUAUGCGGCAGCGAACUCCACGUCUUCCGCGGCCACCAGCCGAGUCCCACAGACUUCAUCAUGGGGCACGAGUUCACCGGCAUCGUGGAAGAAGUCGGAGAUGCGGUUAAGACGGUCAAGAAGGGCGACCAGAUCGUGUCGCCGUUUACCGUGUCGUGCGGCGAAUGCUUCUACUGCAAACAAGGCUUCUCCUCCCGCUGCGCCAAAUGCCUCCUAUUCGGCACCGCAGCCCUCGACGGCGCCCAAGCCGAAUACGUGCGUGUCCCGCUCGCCGACAGCACAGUCAUGAAAGCACCCGAAGAGAUCUCCGACAACGCGCUCGUGCUCAUGGCCGACAUCUUCCCGACGGGCUACUUCGCCGCGCACAACGGCUUCAAGGACCUCUCCAAAGAGCAGAUCGCCGAAGCCACGGUGGUCGUCAUCGGCUGCGGCCCCGUGGGGUUGUGCGCGGUCAUCAAUGCCGCCGACUACAAACCCAAGCAUCUUUUUGCGGUCGACAGCGUCGAGAGCCGGCUCGAGUUGGCCAAGGGCUUAGGCGCCGAGCCGCUGAAUUUCCAGCAGGACAGGGAGGGGCUCGACAAGCGGAUCAAGGAGGUUACGGAGGGCCGCGGGGCCGACGUGGUCAUUGAGGUCGUCGGGCUGAGCCCGGCGCUCAAGAUGGGAUUCGAUAUCCUAAGGCCCUGGGGCGUUAUUUCGAGUGUUGGCGUCCAUAAUGGGGAGAUUCCGUGGACGGGCAAUCAGGCGUAUGGCAAGAACCUCAGGAUUCAGAUGGGCAGGUGUCCCGUGAGGAGUAUAUUCCCACAGGCGCUGAAGAAGUUGGCGGAGAAGCAACAUAUGCUUGGGUUCAUGUCGGACAAGGUUAUGCCGCUGUCGGAAGCGGUGGAGGGCUAUGAUAUCUUUGAUAAGAUGAAGGCGCAGAAGGUCGUUUUCGAGGCGGAGAAGUGA